AUGAACAAUGAACACAAGACAUAUAAAUCACUAACUCUGUGUACCAAGAUUUUAUGUGAACUGCUAAGAGAAGGGGAGCAGAGCCUGGAUGAGGCUGGGCAAGAAGCCAUUAAGGGAUGGGAAAAACAGCUUGUGCUUGGCCUUGGACCUCCGGCAAUUGGAAUCUGGUCUGCAGUGGAAAUUCCGGGAGCCCCCGUUGGAAUCCACCAACCGGCUUCAGUUAGAGGAACAGAAACGUCAGGCUUGAAAGGUGCCUGGACCCAGUCUCUCAUGUUUCAUGCAGUGCCACUUCAUCGGAUGUCAGCCCAAAUGCUGCCACUUCUGUCUGCUGUGCUGUUCAGGAACGAAGACAUUCGGUUCUAUGGCCAGCGGCAUGAGACACACCCCUAUUACAACCUUACAGUGAAACUACUCAGAGCCAGAAACAUCCGUGGCAUAGAUUUGUUGUCCAAAGCAAACUGCUAUGUGGCAUUGAAGCUUCCAGCUGCAUCUCCAUUCACUUCUCGAACGCAGGUUGUUUAUAACUCCAGCCAUCCAGAAUGGAACGAAACCUUUGAAUACAGAAUCCACAGUGCUGUAAAGGCACCAAUUGUGUUACUGUAG